UCAGUUGAACAGAGUUUCAGGAAUUUGAAUUAAUCGAUACUUAAAGUGAGAUUUACCUUAAAAUGAAUAUUUUCCUUAAUAAACCAGAGGAUGAUGUAACAAACAUUCAUCUCUACAGUCAUUCAGCAGGAACAAUUUAUGAUUCACAUGAAUAUUUAUUCAUUUAACUGAACAUUUCAUCGCCAGGAAAGUCCUGAUAUGAUUAUGAACGAGGCAGAAACGAUUUCUUCAUGUUUUCACUCUGAGCGUUUCUGGAAAAGAUUUCUAAAGCAGAAUAAACAUAAUAAAUAUAUUAAAUAUAAUAAACAUAUUAAAUAUAAUAAACAUAAUAAAUAUAAUAAACAUGCUGUGAUUAAAGCUGAGCUCAAAUAAACAACCUGAGGGAAACUUUUCAAUCUGGGAGAAAAUUUCUGGAAAUAAUGACGAAGAAAUUCAUAAAAUGUACAUUUUUAAGAAUAACUCAACAAUUAAAAGGAGGAUUAUUAAUUUUAGAGGCGAUAACUGUUCAGCAUUCACUGGAACAAGAUACUUUACUGAUGCCAAAGGGAAAAUAAAUGUCAUUUUAACUCGUUAAUUCAAAUUAUUUAGAGAAUUACAUUUUUAUAAUUCAUUUUGAUUUAUAAGACAUAAAAAAUCACACAGAUUAUAAAACAGAGAACUGAUGGAUGAACAGAACUUGUGAUUGUUUUAGGGAAUUAAUGAUGAUUUUAAUUCUGAAACAUUUCAGAAAAGUUUUGCUCUUUGUCAUAUUUUAACUCUGAUAUUUUCACCAGCAGGUGGCGCCUCAGAGUCACACAUAACACUAAGGAAAUGCCACCAGAGCUGAUCAAUAAUCUAUAAAUCAAUAAUAAAUCUAGUGAUCACUGACCAUCAGACUCUGAACUGACGGGUUUUCCAUGCGGUCCCUGAACGCAGCAGCAAUGUUUACCCGCUGUUACUAGGCAACAGCGGCGUCAGUCCAACCGGAGGACUUGAAGCAGGGAAACGCGGUUCCGAUGACAACAGCAGUGAUGGACCCGAACCGGGCCCCGGUGGCGUUCGGCCGCCGCGCCGUCCCGCAGCUGUUCGAGCAGCUGCAGGUCCAAGACCCCGCCCACAAGGUGCGCGCUCUGACGUCACUCUGCGACCUGGUCCACGAGCCGGAGCGGCUGUACCAGACCGUGACUGGAGGUUUCCUGAAGCAGCUGCAGGUUCUGCUGCAGGACGAGGAUGCUGCAGUCAGGAGCAAAACCUGCGAGCUGCUGCAACUGGUCAUGAACCACAGCAUCGGCAGGUCGGCUCUGCUGGCCUCCUCCCUCCUCACUCCGCUCUCCGACCUGAUGGACGACCCGUCGGCCUCCUGCAGGACCAACGCCCACCGGGUGCUGAGCAGCCUGGCUCAGCAGCCUGCAGGCGCUGAGGCUCUGCUCUCUCUGGUCCACAAGCUGAUGCUGAAGUUGUGUCAGUUGGAGAAGGUGCGGCAGGAGAAGCAGGAGGAGGAGCAGGAGCUGCUCCUCUCCACCCUGACCUCCUGCUCCAGGCUGGACCCUCUGCCGGCUCUGGCCUCCGACGGCGUCCGCGUCCUGGGCCAGACGCUCACACACACCUCCCCAAGCAUCCGCAGGGAGGCGGCGGCCGCCCUGAUGGCGCUCAGUGUUCCUGCUGACGGGAAGCAGCAGGUCUGCGAUCAGGGAAUCCUCUCCAAUCUUCUGGUUCUGCUGCAUGACAGGAACCUCGACGUUCAGACCAACACCGCCGGAGUCAUCAUGAACACCGUCAUCAUCCGCCCAGGUAAAUACCUGUGUCUGGAGCUGGGCGUCAUCCCAGUCCUCCUCGAGCUGCUGUCUGAGGAGGAGGAUGAGGAGCAGAAGAAGAGGAGGAAGACUCUGGUCAUCUACUGCCUGAGGGCCCUGACGGCGCUGUCCGAGGCCCCGGAGGGCCGCGUCAUCCUGAGCACAGCGCUCCCCCUGCUGGAGCGGAGGAGAAACGAGCAGGACGAGGACGUGCGGCGCGCGGCGCGGACCGCCAUCAAGGUGGUCACCUGGAAGCCCUGACCGAACCACCGACCCGGUUCUGCUGGCCCAAAGGCCGGCCUGUUCCACCCGACAGGAAAUAUAGAACUAGAAAACUACCGGAGUUUAUUAUUUUGGUCAUUAGUUUCUAAAAUGUUGUUUUAAUAAUUCAGAUCAGUUCAGGAUCAUUGGAAUAAAAUAUAUAUUUAUAUAAUUUUUUUAUUAAAGAUUAUUAAAAAUAAUGUUUUUAUGAAAUAAGAGAAAACAAAACAUUCUUAUGAGUUUUAUCAUUAAUUUGUUUUAAAUAUGAACUUUAAGUUAAAAGUUAAAGAACGAAGUUGUAAAGGAACCGGUACUGGUCACCAGGUCCACACAGUAAAUUUUGUAGUGUUAAAUCAACACCUAAAGAGUUAAAUUUAACACCGUCUCCGAGUCUAUUUGGUCCUUAUCGGAAUUGGUGUUAAUUUAACUCUUUCAAUAGUGUUACAUUUUCAGAGUUAAAUUUAACUCAAAAUAGAGUUAAUUUUUAACACUGACUAACACUGCAGUGUUAAUAAAACUUAACACUCCUACUUAAAUAACUGAUCAGAGUAAAUAUGAUUCUAAUCAGAGUUAAUAAGUUACUCCACAGUGGUGACAAAUUAACUCUGAUUUUCAACACUGCACUGAGUUAUUGACAAUCAACACUGGAGUUUCAUAUAACUCCUAUGAGUGUUACUCUGACACACAGAGUGUUAGAGUGUUUUCACUCUUUUGCUGUGAAAAAGCAACUCCACACAGAUAUAUAUGCAGUGCUAUUUUUACACUUUUGUAGAGUUAAAUGACAAUCAUAAUUCAGUAAUGCUUUUAAAAUGUACAAUUGAAUAAAAUCAAGUUACCACAGAAAUGCAUUUAACUUAACUUUAUUGAACUAAAGCAGAUUUAAAGGAUUUGUUAACUUUUAGUUAACACACUUUUAGUAGUGUUACAGUAACAUGACAUGGUGUACAUCUUAUUACAGUAGAGGACUUAGCAUUGACUGUAAAAUGGCUUCCAGGGUGCCUGGCAUGCCAAACACCCGAUCUCAAGUCCACAAACAGUUAACUUCAGUCUCUUAAGAACACCAUUAGCAAAAUUAUCCUAUGUCUGCAUAAAAUGGCAAUAUGGAACCACAUAUAAGGCAGUAUCUGUCGUACCGUACUUCAUUUGAACAUCAAAUGGUUUGAAGUAUAACAGAUCAUUUAUAUGCAAAACCUUUCGAACAUUAUCUGGAUGCAGCUUGACCUUAAAGGCAUGGUAGUGGUCAUCAAAACACAUGGUUUCCAUCAAUUUUCCACAGAGCAAAACACUGUCAUCUUUUACAACAAUUGUUUGAAUCUUACAAAAUACAGGCAUCUCACAUGCUACCU